GUGUAUAGAAAUGCAACAAACUUUGACAGUUUGUGCAGAAAUUGUUUCAUUGUAACUAAGAAUUUCGCAAAACUUGUAGGUCUAUGCGUUGUGAUUACCAUACAGAAAAAUAAAGUUGAUUGUUCAAUGGAUGGUGAAUAACCUGACAAUUGCAAAACAAUUGCAAACAAAACUCUGAGGACAGACCGACGAAAGUGUGUUUCAAGUGUGUUAAUUUCAAAAAUGUCGUCCAUCAAAGUAGAGUGCGUGAUUGACGAGAGGAGUUCGAUCGGCGAGGGCCCGGUUUGGGAAGAGAAGGAUGGAACGCUGCUUUUUGUUGACAUCACAGGCCAACGGAUCAGCAGGUGGAACCCCGAAACUAAGCAGACCGAGAGUAUGACAACGGAGAGGUGUGUGGGUGCUGUAGUCCCGCGGAGGUCCGGUGGAUAUGUCAUGGCAGAGGGAACUCGCUUUGCUGCGGUGGAUUGGGAGAAGAAGACUUCCACAACGAUUGCCCAUGUGGACGGCGACAAGCCCAACAACCGCUUCAACGAUGGCAAAGUGGACCCGGCUGGCAGGUUUUUUGCAGGUACCAUGGCUUUGGAAGUGCGGCCUGCGGUGUUGGAGAGGAAGCAGGGCUCCCUGUACACGCUUCACUCAGACCACACCGUGGUUAAACACUUUGACCAGGUGGACAUCUCCAAUGGCCUGGACUGGUCCACCGAUCACAAAAUCUUCUACUACAUCGACAGCUUGUCCUUCAUGGUGGAAGCCUUUGACUAUGACAUACAGACAGGAAGUAUCUGUAACCGUCGGAGGGUCUACGCCCUGGAGGAGGACGAGGGAAUCCCAGAUGGCAUGUGCAUCGACUCGGAAGGGAAGCUGUGGGUGGCCUGCUACAAUGGCGGGAGAGUGGUCCGCAUCGACCCGCAGACAGGCACACGUAUGCAGACGGUGAAGUUGCCUGUGGAUAAAACCACUUCCUGCUGCUUUGGCGGAAGGGACUACUCUGACCUGUAUGUCACAUCUGCUUACAAGGGAAUGGACCAGGACUACCUGGCAAAACAACCUCAAGCAGGAUGCGUAUUCAGGAUCACUGGAUUGGGUGUGAAAGGGAUUCCCCCAAACGCGUUUGCUGGGUAAACCGGUGAACGACGGUUGUGAAAUCUGUCUGUGAUCGAUCUACGCUAAAUGAUUGGAGACGACACAUCAAAAUAAAUUUUCCUUCCCAUGAAUGUCUCACCAUUUCAUGGUGAUCUCACGUUGUUGCCAAACCACAGUUCAAAAUCCAAAUCAAAUUGGGAAAGAGGUAGAUGCACAAAACCUUGGUGUCUAGCUGCUAAAAUGGUAAUUUUCUGUCACAUUUAAAAUGAUGAUAUAAUGAUCAUGACACCUAAAGCAGGUGUGUUGGGACUGGCACUGAUGCUGCUAAUUCACCCAGUGUUAAUGGCGUGUAAAUGAUACCAUUACUAAGGCCCAACUGGCAACAGUAUUCAGCUGUAUACGGACAUAGAGGAUCCUUGUCUAUUAUUCCACUGCUGUGCUGUGUUCAGUCAUACAUUUGGUAUUUAGAAGUCAAAUACUUUCGCUAGACUGUCAGUUUUGACCAGACCGUAAAAUCGCAGUGCAAAGAGAGUUGCGCUGUACUGGCCUUAGCCCCUCUGCUUUCAGCAGGACUUGUCAGGUUCUCGACAGCCAGGGCAAGCAUAUUACAUUACAGGCAUUUAGCAGACGCUCUUAUCCAGAGCGACUUACACAACUUUUACAUUGUAUCCAUUUAUACAGCUGGAUAUAUACUGAAGCAAUUUCGGUUAAGUACCUUGCUCAAGGGUACAACGGCAGUGUCCUUACCCGGGAAUUGAACCUGCGACCUUUCGGUUUCCUUCCCCACUGUGCUACACUCCGUCCUAUAAAUGAAUUAUUUACCUGGGUAACCUGAAGAAGUCUAUCCUGACGGUUGAGCCAUGGUGUCACACACAGACCCUUUGGGCUGUUUAGCACAUGUAGUGACAAGAUGAGACAAGACUGAUGAUGAAGGGCAAAUUAUCUUGUUGUUGAGCUCACUGAAAGUCCGCAGUCUAGCAACAGGAACGGCUUGCACAGCUGAGACAAACCAACGUAGUGACAUCACAGCCUAGCUUGUUCCAAGAUGUCUGCACCCUAGUGCUAGUCUGAGUGCUAGUGCUAGCAAAUUUCUGUUUAUUUUUCCAGCCAAAACAGGUCAAUUUCAGAUUUUAAUGCAGGGCCAUGUUUUAUCUACGGUAAAAAGUAAAUAAACCAGAGUGCUUCCACGUACUCUUUAAAAAUGUGCUCAGCAUGCUUAAGCCAAUCAUUGAGUUGUAGUUCACCAGAAAAUGUGCAUUUCAAUUAGAUUCAGCAUCACACUUAACUUUUUGUGCAUUUGCCCCAUACUUCUGUGUUUUGUUUAAAAUUAUAAUUGCACUUGGUGUUGGUACUGUGUUUUGCCGAGCUGCCCAACCAUAUUCCUGGAACUCUACUGUCCUGCUCCUGCAGGUUUUCAUUUCAACCAUAAUUUGGCACCCCUGAUUCUACUAAUUUGCAGCUUAGUGAGAUCUUUAGCUGUUGAAUGAUGUGUGCUUUGUUAGGGUUGGAAUGAAAACCUACAGGAUCGUAGAUCUCCAGGAACAGGGUUGGGCUGCCCUGGUGUAUUGAGUCUUGAGGACAGAGAAAUUAUAGUAUGAUAAAAUCAUAGAUGGGUGGAUGGAUGGAUGGGUGGAUAGAUGUAUGGAUGACAGACUGAGAGAAAUCACAGGAUGAUAUAAGGAUGAUAUAACUACAGACGAAUCACUGUGUAAUAUAACUACAAACAUAAAUCACUGUAUGAUAUAACUACAGUCAUACAUCACAGUACUCCAGAAUGUAAAUCUGUAAAGUGAAUUAUGAAAAGACUUGAGAUGGGCCAGUAUGCUUUGAUUUUGACUCAGUUUGACUUUCACUUUGGAUCUGUGGAGCAUCCAUUGAAGUUCAUAUGGUAAUGAUAACUUAAUGCACUGUUGCCAUGAAUUAACCAAUACCAGCAUUUUGUAAUAGAAAAUAUUGUUUUAUCAGCAUUUAAACAAAUGCAUUAGUUUGAGGAUCUACAUUUGCUUGUGUACAAUUUACAGAAAAAUACAUCCUAAAACGUGAUUGUUAAAUUAUUCAGAGAAGUCAUCUGUCCUGUCACAGGAACAUCUUUAGGAGAUCUGUUGAUCUGCUGAGUUUCUCCUGUAAAAAUUUAUAUUUACUGUAUAAAAAGAUAAUUUGUCUUGAUUGAAAAUGAUGUAGGCUGCUUAAACUGUAUUUUAGCUCAUUAAAAUAAUUAUUUACUUAACAGUAGAACCCCAGAGAUAAGAACUCUCCAGGAGUGGGGGUUGGAAAUGGUCAUGAUGGUAAUAUUCAAAGUGAAGUCCACCAUUUAAAAUCUGCUCCAAUUAUUGGUAUUUACUGUAUAAUUUUUUUUUUAAUUAAAAAAAUUAAAACAUUGCAAACCAAGUUAUGUUAAGAACAUAGCCUAUGUGUGUUGAUUACAGAGAAACAGAAAGCCGUUGACCAAGAAAGCCUGCUUGGGGAAAGCUCACAUUUUCACCUGGACAAAACCAGACACAUUUUUAUAUGUGGUACAAUGUGCUUUAUUCAGCAAUUUGUGCAGUUUUUCAACAAACCUCACAUAUAAUCCCAUAACUGGUUUUUAUAGACUUUAAGUAAGGUACACCUUUAAUCUUAGAUGGGUCACCACCGAGAAUGUUGAUAAUGUUGAUUGUUCUUGCCUCUGAAAACAGGUUGUUGUAUACCAUGUUCGUUUGACCAGUCCGUAACUCUGAAUUUCCUUUGUCAGAAUUGUAUCUUUCAGGUUGGACUGCAUAUUUGUGUUGUCUUUAUUUAACCAACUGUAAUAGUAUGCACACAAUUGUAGCAACUAAAAUGUUCUAGGGUUGGAUCAACAGUAUUUGGCUUAUUGGGUAAUUGGACCAAUAAAAUUGGAAUAAAAGCUGUUAUACGGAA